AUGUGUAUGAUGAUGUAUGGCGUGUACACUUUUGCUGUUGCUGCAACAUUGCAGGACGCACAGACACGCCUGUCUGCGAAUUAUAUAAACUUGUAUUACAAGACUUACGUUUCAUCGACGUCAUCAUCGUCAUCGUCGUCUUCAUCAUCAUGGUCAUCAUCGUCAUUCUGCACACCGGAAGUCUUCCGUAUUCUAAUUCUGAUUGACGUCAUGUUUCAUGAGAUCACGAGACACAGAAAAAACACAUUUAAAAAACACAUAUACACGUACAAGCAAGUAUAUACAACUAGAAAAUUUAAAAAUAGCGUGACGAAAGGAGAGUACAGAAUCAUACUGCGACCAAAAGAGGCAUCGCUUCGUCGCAGCGUCAACUCGUCUAUCGUCCUCAUCUGCAAGGUCCAUUUGACGCCUGGUAGAGUUGAUUCUAUUGAUUCUGUUGGUGAGGGUGACGAAGUAGACGUCGAAUUAUUUGAUGGUUCUGAUGGUUGUUGCUCCGAGGUGUGUCUUUUUACUUGA